AUGCCGGCGGGGACGUCCUCGCUCUCGGCGCUCGCGUCACACGCUCGGGGGCAUCACCGCCGAGGGCGAUGCAACAAUUGGAGAGGUCGAAGCGCACGCGUGGAGGCGAGCGCGUCGACGGAGCGGAGGCCGACGACGUUAGGGGAGGAGACGAGGAAGGAUUUCCCGAUUCUGGACCAGAAAACCGAGAGCGGGGCGCAGUUGGUGUACCUGGAUAAUGCCGCGACGUCGCAGAAGCCGAACGAGGUGGUGGACGCGCACAUGUUUUAUUAUAAGGACUACAAUUCGAAUGUGCACCGAGGGGUGCACUACCUGAGCAGCAAGGCGACGGACGCGUAUGAGCUGUCGAGGCGGAAAAUUGCGAGGUUCGUAAACGCAAAGACGGAUAGGGAGAUUGUCUUCACAAGAAACGCGAGCGAAGCGAUCAACCUAGUGGCGAACACGUGGGGAACGAAAUACUUGGAGGCCGGGGAUGAGAUAAUUCUAAGCGUGCUGGAGCAUCACUCGAACAUUGUGCCCUGGCAGCUUCUCGCGGAGCGCACUGGGUGCGUUUUGAAGUUUGUUAAACUCACGAAGGAUACGCAGGAGCUGGAUAUUGCUGAGCUUCGUUCACUCGUGAACGAGAAGACAAAACUCAUCACGACGGCGCAUGUUAGCAACGUCACUGGCGGUGAGGCACCAGUGGCUGAGAUUGUAGAGCUCGCUCGUGGCGUCGGCGCCAAGGUGCUUCUCGAUGCGUGCCAGAGCUUGCCCCACAUGCCCGUCGACGUGCAAUCGCUCGGAGCAGACUGGAUCGUCGGUAGCGGUCACAAAAUGUGUGGACCGACGGGUAUAGGUUUUUUGUGGGGUCGUCUCGACGUACUUGAGACGAUGCCUCCCUGGAUGGGCGGCGGCGAGAUGAUUCAGGACGUCUUCCUGGAGAGGAGCACGUACGCUGAGCCGCCGGGAAGAUUCGAGGCCGGCACGCCGGCGAUCGCGGAGGCGAUCGCGCUCGGAGCGGCGUGCGAUUACCUGUCGAGAAUCGGUAUGGACCGCAUCCACGAGUACGAGGUUGAAAUCGGUCGUUACCUGUAUGAGAAGCUCUCCCAGGUGCCAAAGGUGACCAUUUACGGCCCGCCGCCGUCACGAGGCCGUGCCUCGCUCUGUGCCUUCAACGUCGAGGGCAUCCACGCUAAUGAUCUGUGCACGCUGUUGGACCAAGCCGGGAUCGCCUGCCGCAGCGGCCAUCACUGCACGCAGCCCCUGCACCGCUACCUCGACGUUCCCGGGAGCGCGCGCGCCAGUCUCUACUUUUACAACGUUCGCGAAGACGUCGACGCCUUCAUCGAUGCCCUCCGAUCCACCAUAGAAUUCUUUUCUGAGUUUGAAUGA